AUGCAAGCAUAUCUCCAAUACCGCUAUAUUAGGAAAGCAGUCCGCAGACAGCUCGAUGAUCUUCCCGACCGGGCUCGUGCCAGUCUCCGUGAUGGGAUCACCGAUGGUCUCGAUCCAAGCAGUUCCCAAACAUCCUCAUCGCUGCACCGACAACAGCAGGAUCCAGUAUCCCAUGGGGUGCCCUCACCAUUGGCCGGUGUCGAACUGUUGGAGAAACCUGAGAGUCAUGGAAAUCAUUCUGUGGUCUUCCUCGUGGGGUGGGACCAUGAUGAAGAUCCCAUGAACCCUCGCAAUUUCACCCUCACUACACGUGUUAUGGCAACACUUAUUGUAUCUGCCUUGGCUUUCGUGGUUAGUGCCGCAUCGUCCAUUGAAUCUGCUGUUCUACGGCAAAACAGUGCCGCCUACAAUGUCAGCGAGGUUGUUGCGUCUCUAGCCACAGGUAUAUUUCUUCUUGGCUUUGCAGCGGGAUCAUUGGUGUCUGGGCCUCUGUCAGAGAUUCUUGGCCGAAAUAUUGUUUAUACGGGUUCUACAUCUCUGUUUAUGAUUUUUGUUAUGGCAUCUGGCCUAGCACCUAAUAUUGGAGCCCAGCUUGCCUUCCGUUUCUUGGCUGGUGUCUUCGGCUGCCCACCACUCACCUGUGCGGGUGGCACCGUCGCUGAUCUAUGGGACCCUCUUGAAAAGACUCUGAUCUUCCCACUGUAUGCCAUUCUUUCGUUCGGAGGCGCUGUUCUCAGUCCAGUAAUUGCCUCCUACAUGGGCCAGGGAGCACUAUCUUGGCGCUGGACCAAUUGGAUCGUUCUAAUCAUGGCUGGACUCGUCCUAGGCCUGGUCAUUCUUCUCCAACCUGAGACCUAUAGUCCCCUUCUUCUCAAGUGGAAGGCACAUCAUCUGCGCCAAUUGACUGGGGACCCACGCUAUCAGUCCAAGUUGGACCUUGACCGCACAUCUCUCCUCUCCCGCAUUACUACCGCCUGUGGCCGACAAUUCACUCUGGCUAUUUAUGAACCAAUCAUUCUUCUACUCGCGCUAUAUAUGACAAUCCUAUACAUUGUGCUUUUCACCUUCUUCGACGGAUACACGCACAUCUUCAGCGACGUGCAUGAUCUGUCGCAAGGACUAACAAAUAUCAUUUGGGUAGCGAUGUACGUGGGCAUCAUGCUCGCAGGCCUAAUCGUGCCGGGAAUGUACUCAAGUAUGAGAAAGGCUCUUAAAGACGAAGCCCUAUCUAGGCCGCAUGACAAUAAAAGCGACGACAACGGCGCCUCCUCAAACGUACAGUCCCCAUCGACAAAGUCAUCCUCACUUAAUCCAGAGAACAGGCUCUGGUACGCCAUGAUAGGAGCUCCAGCAAUUCCAAUCAGCCUGUUCUGGAUGGGCUGGACAGACUAUAAAAAUAUAUCUGUCUGGUCUCCUAUCGUUGGGUCCUCCCUGUUUGGUUUUGGUAGCAUCUGUAUGUUCAUCUCCAGUUACAUGUACGUGAUCGAUGCGUAUGAGAUCUAUGCUGCCUCAGCAUUGGGGUUCAUGACCGUGACGCGUUACUGCGCUGCGGGUGGCAUGACUGUCGUCGGGGUUCCCUUUUAUAAUAACGUUGGGGUACAAUGGACUUUGACUAUCUUGGGUAUCAUUAGUGCUGUGAUGGUGCCGGUGCCCUAUAUAUUUUGGAAAUUUGGGAAGGUUAUUCGUGGAUGGAGCCGUUAUGCUGUUUGA